AUGAAUCAAGAAGAAAGCAAAAAUAUUGACACCAUUAGUAAAGAGAAAAAUAUUAACGAUGACUCCGUUCAAGACAAAAACAAAAAUAUUGACACCAAUAGUGAAGGAAAAAAUGACUCCGAACUUAUUAAAAUUCGAAAAAAAGUUUAUUAUUAUGUACUUGAAGGAAGAAUGGGAGAGGGUGGAAAAAUAUUUAGCAAAACGGAAGAGUUUAAUGAUAAUUCAAGUUUCAGCAGCUUUACUUACCGUACUGUAUUAGUUGGAAUAUGCUUAUUGUUGAUUUUGAAAUACAAUGCCACUAAUAAUUUUUUAAAAAUUGUGACAUCGAGCAUUACAGCUAGUGGUGGCAUUCUAGUUCUCGCAAUAGCUAUUAUAAAUAAGGUCACAACAAAUAAAGAUAACAUUACAUCAUUAAUUAAAUUCAUGAAAAUCCAGGAGAAUAAAUCUAAAUUGAUAGAUAUGAAUGAUAAAGAAUUGAAAAAUUUAAAAACAGAAAGGCACGAAAACUAUAUAAAAUUUUUAAACCGCAUUAAUUUUAGUAUUAGCACAAUCAAUAUUCCUUUACCAAAUUUAAGCGAAUAUCUUGCUGGAUGCAUAAUUCUAUUUGGAACACUAUGGCUCAGAUAUAAUUUUAUCUCGUUUUAUAAAAUUACGUGCAAUUGUCAUUGGGGAACACCUAUGUCCAUUUAUUAUUUGCUAUUAAAAAGAACUUAUGCAAUAGAAAAGAAUGUCUAUGAAAAAUAUUUUAAAAAAUUUAGAUCAGAGCAUGAUGACGUGACAUUCUUUGGGACAGAAAUUGAUAUUAAUCUUAUUUUGAGACUUGCUCGUAUACUUUGUCAGAAAUUACCCAAUAAUUCAGAAGAAAAUAAACAAGCGGAAGAGAACGAAAUAAUUAAUUGUAGACUUGCGGUUAUAUUUGCUGGAAAAUUUAGAGAAAUAAUUAAUACAUUUAUUUCGAAAAUUGAUAAAAAAAUUCGUUCUAAUUUUAAUGAAAUAGGACUUGAUGAGGCGAAGAAACUUGCUAAGGAUAUUGUUGAUGAAAUUAAAAUAAAUAUAGAUGCACUUAUUCUAAUGCUUGCUAAAGAACGUGCAUUUUUUAACCAUUAUAAAAAAGACAUGAAACUUAUUACUAUAGACAAGAAAGAAGAUAACCUUUUAAUUACUUUUUACAAGUUUCAUAUUAAUCAAAUGAAAUUCCAAAACAUUGAGAUAACUAUGGGUAAACGGUCAGCCGAUCAAAAAGAGAUUUCAAUAAUAGAAAAAGAACCAAAGAAUUCCAAUGAAGAUACGAGUCAUGAUGAUAAUAGAUUUUUAAAAUAUUCUAUGGCUAUAGCUAAAAGAAUUAUUUUUGAUAAAGUUGCUAUGAUUAACAAGGAUAAACCAAAUGAUGUUAGCAAAAAAUUGAAACUUACGGGAAUUGAUAAUACUAUACCAAAUGAUGUUAACAAAGAAUUGAAACAUUUAGGAAUUGAUAAUAUUAAUUUUAUUGAAUUAUAUGAAAGGUUUAAAACAAGAAAUGAUCAAGAAGCAAUGAAACUUGCCAUGAAAAUUAUAGAUAAGAAUUGUAUUAUUGAGAAAUACUUAACAAAGCAUAAUCAUAAGACAUCUAUUAGCUUUAGAAAAAUAUAUAGAUAUGAUGCUAAAGAUAUAAAAUUAACUAAUAAACAUAAACAUGAAAUUAGAAGUCUUUUAUGUGGGUUUGAGUAA